CUCUGUGUUCUUGGCAGAAUUAAAGAUACCACCAUGAGUCAAACAAUGGAGGAGAAUGAGUGUUUCGAGAGUGAAAGCAAGAUAAGUUGGAUUUGGAGUAAGGCAGUAAGUGUUGGGAAGAAGGUUCUAACAGCUGGUGUUGUAGUUUCUUCAGCUCCACUCCUGAUUCCUCCACUUGUUGUCGCCUCCACCAUCGCCUUCAUCUCCUCUGUUCCUUUUUGUCUCUUCUUGGCUAACUACGCUUGCACUCAAAAGGUCAUGAGAACUCUUCUUCCUCCUAAUGAAGAAACAAGUGGAAUGGAGAAAGAUGAAUAUUCGUCUGAUGAGGACGUCAAGCUUGGUCAUGGUGCUAUAGGCAUGGCCGAAUUUGAUGAGGCGAAACCGGUUCUUAUAGAGAGUGAGGAAGAUGAGGAGAUGGCGAAAGAAUCAACGGGCAUGAUAGAGAAAAUCAGGGACGAGGGUAGAGCUGAAAAAGAACAAGAUGGUGAAAAUUCAGGAAAUUCCAAAUCAGAGAAGGUUCAAGAUCAGACUGGAAAGCAAGAAGAACCUAAGACUGGACAUGAAGGGGAGCUUGAGAGCAGUACAACUGAAGCUUCAACGGGAAAGGAAGAGGAAACAUCUUCUAACGAGGUGUACAGUGAGAAGAAAAUAUGGGAGAAGAUGGAAGAGGUGAGGAAGGUAGUAGGAUACAGUGUUGCAAGGAGUGCUACGUACGCAGAAGAGUUAAAGGCUCUUUAUGUUUUCACAGGCGUGGUCGAGCCUCCACAGUCGAGUUUGAUCAACCAGGAUAGUCAUGAUAUUGCAAAUGUUUGUGUUAGACUUCGCUUCCUUAUGUCUGUUAUUGGAAUAAAUAAAUAAACUAGUUUGAUGGUGUG